AUGUCGGGCCUCACCCCGCGCCAGCUGGCGGCCAGCUGGCGCGCCCGCCUGCGCAACGCAGCGCAGUGGGUGCUGCUGCGCGCCAUGCCCCUGGCCCUGCCGCGCAAAGAGUGGGCGGCGCUCAGGGCCGAUGUGGGCCUGCCGCCAGAGCACAAGGGUGCCCCCGGCCGCCCCGCCACCUGCGACCCUCUUGAGCCGCGCGUCCGCAUGCUGUCACUGGAGCUCGAGCACCCGCGGCCCAUCCCCGCCGGCCAGGCCGUCGUGGGCGCGAUCUCGCCGCGCCCUGGGGGCCCCAUCGCGGACGCUGAGCUGGCGGCGUUUGUCGGGGAUGCGGCCGGAGGGCUCGUGCUGGUCGGCUUCGGGUCCACCACGGUGUAUGGAAGAUCUCUGGGCGCGGCGGAUUUUUUCGAGCUGUCGCGCGCCUUUGCGCGCCUCGGGGAGCUGCGGCUGGCACGUCACGCCGGCGGCGGCGCCCGGGCCGGCGGCGGCGGAGGAGGCAACGAGGACGGCGUCACCAGGGCUGCCGGCGGCGGCGGCGGGGGAGGCGACGGCGGCCAGGGCGUGCGCGUGCUGUGGGGUGUGCGCGAUUCUUCGCUGCCAGAGGGUCUGUCGCUGUCCGACCUACCGCUGGGGCCCAACACGCGCGUCGUGUCGUGGUACCCGGACAACAAUGUUCUGGCCCACCCCAACACCCUGGUCUUUGUCUCACACUUUGGCCUCCACUCCCUCUACGGCGGCGCGUUCCAUGGGGUGCCCAUGGUGCUUUCCAAUCCGAGCUACGCCGCCGCCGCGCGCGGCGUGGGCCGCGUAAUGCGUGCGCGCUACGCGGUGCGGCCGCCGCUGCAGCGGGCCGCGGACGAGCUCGAGAUCGCGCUGCUGGCGGCGGGGAUUGCCGCGGAGGGCGGCGGCGCGGGGGCGGCGGCCACGUGCGCGGGCGCUGCUUGA